AUGGUGAAUUUGGGAUUAUUUUCUGGGAACAAGCCUGUGAAAUCGGCAAUUGUAAGCUUCAGAAUACCUUAUUAUACCCAGUGGGGGCAGAGCCUUCUGGUAUGCGGUUCCGAACCAGUGCUUGGGUCGUGGAAUGUGAAGAAUGGUCUUUUGUUGAGCCCUUUUCACCAAGGUGAUGAGCUAAUAUGGUGUGGACGUAUACCUGUCCCGGCUGGGUUUGGAUGCGAGUACAGCUAUUAUGUGGUGGAUAAUGAAAGAAAUGUCCUGAGAUGGGAGAGUGGAAAGAAGAGGAAAAUGUUACUGCCUGAUGGGGUUCAGGAUGGAGGGUUGAUGGAGCUUCAUGAUCUUUGGCAGUUAACUUGGAUGUUCUGUUAUGAUAAGCUCUUUUUGGAAUAUGACAAGCAUCCCAUGUUUAGAAGUUGUGAUGUUCUCAGUUCUCUUUUUACUUUCUUUUCCUCGAGUUCUUGGCGACCGUAG